CACAGCUUCAUUCCAAAGUGGGAACUUCCAUGUUCACCGAUUACACAAGGGCAAUAACUUCUGACAGACUGUCUUGUACUUGCCUCACGACCUCGGUGAUGAACGCACGGUAUAGUGAGCAAAGGUGUGGUCCCGUCAGCGCGCAGGUGUCAAUUUCCCAGAGGCUGGGCAGACAAUGAUUGGCUGCUCACCCUGUCAAGAACUUGAUGAGAUACGCCACGGGGCCUGUCGGUGACCCAUGGAUACCUUCUUAAACCCAGGGGACUGCGGUGGCGGCCUUUUCGCGAGCACUCCUUUGUUCAUCAGGUGCUGACAGAGUCAGUCUCUUUUUUUUCUUUCGUUUUUCUUCGGGCUCCCUCUUGAAGCUCCCUGGAGGGCUUCGUUCUUUCCUUUCAAAGAUACCGGUCUGUCUUUACUUUCUUUCUUGUUUUACUUUCUGUGCUCUUGAACCAUGAAGUGGUGGUCUUUUUUCCGGAAAAUCAGGAAGGUCAUCUUUGCCUUCAUUGCCAUCACUGGCCUCGCUUGGGUCGCUAUUCUUUCAAUUUACUUGGUUAAAGAAUGGGAUCACUUUACUAUCCUGCAGCGAAGUAUCGUCAUUGCGAUGAUCUCUGUGAACGGCAUCACAACCGUGAUUCAGUAUCUCAUGAUUGUUUGCGUCUUUCGGAUAUGGGUUGAUUUCGCUCGAACUCUUUUCCUGUUGGCGAUUCAUGUCGCCGCUUCUGUUCUUUACACACUUUUCGGCGGAAGCUUCUCCUGCGAGAUAUUCAGCUCCAAAACCAUUUGUAACGAUGUUGAGCUUGCAUUCUUAGCUGGUUCUUGGGCAACCACUGGGCUUUUGCUAGGCUACGCCAUUUUCUUGUGCAUCAUGUCACGCAUCCCCUUCCCAAUCCCUGUGAUCACUCCCAACUUGCUUUUGAGCGCAAACCCCAGCCCACGGUCCUCGACAGCUUCAAUCAACUCAGCCUCACGCCUACUUGGCAGCCCACAGAGUUCAAACAGAAGUCCUCAGAGUCGAUGGUCCGGUGAUUCCAAUGAAUUAAGGAAGACUCAAAAGGUCAUUCAGUAUGUCAAUCAACGACAGGCCAACAGGACUUCUCCGAAGAAGUUGUUCGUGGUCAAUGGCUUGCCGAGUCCAAUCUCUCCAGAGCCAGUGUCAGUGCCAGAGCAAGCCAGCCGUGCUCACUCUCGAAUGCGUUCAGGUGGAUCAUAUGGCGCUAUGGGUUCUCCUCGUGUCCCUCUACCAUCAACAACGAUAUCGUCAACGUCCAGCGGGCGCUCAGCCACUAGUAGCCCAAUUCCUGCAUCCUUGCGAUCAGCCACCAAUAGUCCAGCUCCUUCGUCAAUGCGACAGAAUUCUAUAGCCCGCAUGUCACGGACGUUCAGUCAGAAACGUACCUCGAGACCACAAGCGCUCCCUUUGCUGAAUCCAUUCAUGGAUCCCAUGUCACGUAAUGGCACGCCAGAUUCUACAUACUCCGCUUUUACAUAUAACAGCAGUAGUUCAACGGCCACUCCAGGAUCAUUCGGACAACAGUACUUGUCCCCCUAUCACGUACCCCCUCUUUCGGGUAUUCAGGAGAAGGAUGGUCCUCAGGAUGCGAAAGAGCCAGAGAGUCCCUCGUCAAUCUACUCUCUGUACUCCACUUACUCAAGUACAGACUCUUCCAACGAACAAUCGAUCUCGCAUGUCAUCUUGUCUCCCUAUGACCCACGAACAUCACCCACCAUGAAGUCCACCAUUUCUAGUCCACCUCGGACUCACACUGCCACGCUACAGUCUGUCCAUUCUGUAGCACCCAGCGUGCAUUUCCAAUCCGAACAGCGCGUACCGCCCAUGGCCCACAUUCGCGCAUUCAGUGAUCCUGUGUAUCGUUCCUACACAGCCAGUCCACGACUGGUACACGAGCCUACCGAAGCGCCCCUUCCCAACCCUUUCCCAAUGGUUGGUGCGGAACUCCGAAGAUACGCCUCCAUUGGGAAUGAACGUGAUCUGGAGAAAGGCGUGUACGGACCAGUGCAACAUACCCAAAGUGCCCGAAAUGCGGCGCAUUUCCAAGCAGCGCUGGGUCGUUCGCCGCCUAGGACGGCGUUUGGGUAUGGACCUCCUGCUUAUCAUCACGGGCAUGGUGUAGCACCUGUGGUCACACGUUCUCAGUGGAAGCAAUUGGUGUUGAGUGCAGCUGCAGCUGGACGAUGAAAGAUCUUGCCUCGGGCAUGGGAGACGCGAGAUUGGCCGUUGAUUGGGAAGGAGCGAAUCAGAGGUGGUCAGAGGGACGUGAACAGCUGUUAAGGUUCGCAUGAUUCGCUCGCUGUCAAUGUCAUUCGAGUUGUGUGUAUAUUUGAUGCCUGUAUACUUUUCUCUCAGGUCUGUCAGACGUAUGCGCUAUGGCAACGGAGCAUUUUAUCAUUCAGGGUCUUGAAGAUGUGCAGCGGGCUCGAGAUUAUUUGAUGGGUUAAAUAUUUCGUACCACUUAUUAGCUACAUUGAACACUGUUUGAACACUGGUUAGCAUCUGUAACAUCAUACAAUUUGAAAACUCGCGCAAUAUGGGCGCGUUAUUGACUACUCACCUGUUCUCAAAAGAGACAUAUCACUCGACACCUCACUAGAUGUGAUCCGUAUAAUUCAGCAUGAAUUCUGUGCUCUACGACAUAGA